GAACAUUCGUGAACAUUCAAGAAAAGUGUCGAUUGACCUUAAACAGUAUAUAGAGGCGUCUGAGCCCUGUAAGCUAGUUUGGAUAUUUCUGUGUUAAUCCGUGUGUGACUAUUACUAACCUACGUACUUGUUAUUUUAUUUGUUGUACGUGCUUAUUCUGUGAAUGAGAAUGGGUAAAGACUAUUACAAGAUAUUGGGCAUUAGUAAAAAUGCCUCUGAUGAUGAGAUUAAAAAGGCAUACAGGAAACUUGCCUUAAAAUAUCAUCCUGAUAAAAACAAGACAUCUGAAGCUGAAGAGAAGUUCAAAGAAGUUGCUGAAGCUUAUGAGGUUCUCAGUGACAAGAAGAAGAAAGAAGUGUAUGACCAGUAUGGUGAAGAAGGUUUGAAAGGUGGAAUUGGUGGUGGAGGUGGCUCUGGUAGUGCUGGACCAAAUUUCACUUACACAUUCCAUGGUGAUCCCAAAGCCACAUUUGCUCAAUUCUUUGGAACGGACAAUCCUUUCGAAUCAUUCUUCAGCAUGGGUGGUAUGGGAGGAGGUGGCACUACUAUAUUCUAUGGAGAUGAUGAUAUGGAUGUGGAUAAUGAUCCAUUUAGUCACUUUGGUGGAAGGAUCGGUGGCAAUCCCUUUCGGUCUCAAAGCUUCACAGCUGGUUCGCCUAACAUAAAUAGAGCAAAACCUAAAGGUCAAGAUCCACCUUUAGAGCACGACUUAUAUGUAACACUAGAAGAUAUAGCUAAAGGUUGUACUAAGAAGAUGAAGAUAAGUCGUAAAGUUUUAAAUCCAGAUGGUAGAACAACAAAGCGAGAAGAGAAAGUUCUGUCCAUCAAUGUGAAGCCUGGAUGGAAAGCUGGCACAAAGAUUACCUUCCAGAAAGAAGGGGAUCAGAAUCCUAAUAGUAUUCCUGCAGACAUAUCUUUCAUAAUCAGGGAUAAACCUCAUCCUAUAUUUAAAAGAGAAGGCAGUGAUAUUAGAUAUACAGCUAAAGUCUCCCUUAAAGAGGCUUUAUGUGGUUGUAAAUUAGAAAUCCCAUCCCUAUUUGGAGAAAAGAAAGUUCUAAGGAUAACUGACGUGAUAAAACCAAAUUUUGUCCAUAGGAUUAAAGGACAAGGACUUCCAUUACCUAAAGAUCCUUCUAAGAAAGGAGACCUGAUUGUAGCUUUUGAAAUUAAGUUUCCUGAACAUUUAUCGGAAAGUACCAAAGUCACAUUAAGAGAAAUACUACCUAAUUAAUUUGUACAUAUUAAAUGAACUGACGUGGAAAAAAAAACUUGUAAACAGUUGUGAACUUUUUGGAUCCAAGAAGUUUCCAGAAAGUGCCAAGAUCGAAGAUUGCCUAUCAAAUUAAGACUGGUUAUGGGUGGCCUAGCACUUGUAUGUUUUUGUAUAUAAAUUUAUUGUAAAUAUUUCUGUCUGUAUCUGUUCAAUUAAAGUUAUGUUCUGUAUGUUUAGGAUAUUUUUAUAAUUUUUGUGUAUUUAUUGUAUGCAAUUUUGUUGGAAGCAAUUGACUUACAUUAGAAAGAUUAUCAAAUCAUUUUUUUAUGUAUGAAGUGUUAAUAAUUGGUACUGUAACUGUGGACAUAUUUUGUAUAUGUGCUUAGAUAUUGACUAAAUUUUUAUUUAAAAUUUGUUCUUAAAUUUUGUAAUUUCUAUCAACUGCUUCCAUCAAUUUAUUUAAUAAAAUAAUUACAUACUGAA